AAAAAAAACUACUUUCUUCUCUGUUUCCUUUCCCACCUCUUUCUUUGCUUCCUUGCUCCUCUUUUCUUUAUUCUAAACAAAUUCUCUCUGCCCAAAUGGAUUAACUCUCUCUCUCUCUCUCUCUCCUCUCUCUUUCUCUCUCUCUCCUCUCUCCUCUCUCUUUCUCUCUCAACUUACUUUCUCCGAAGUCACCUUCGAAGCCAAACCCCGCACGUAAAAUCCAGAACUAGUCUUUCAUUUCUUCUCGAGUUUCAGAUUUGUAUUGUUAAUUGGGUUCACAAACAGAACCCAAUUGCGUUCUUAAGUUUUUGGGAAAAGAAGAAGGUGUCGAUGGGUAAUUGUCUUGGUUCUUCUGCGAAAGUUGAUACCGCCCACAGCUCCCACGUUACUUCUGCAUCAGGGGUUUCAAAAUAUUCAAGCAGGACUAGCCGUUCUUCAGCUCCUUCCACACUGACCGUCUCAUCGUUUAGUGCAACAAGCAACACUUCAAGUCUUCCUACACCGAGGACCGAAGGUGAAAUAUUGUCAUCUCCUAAUCUGAAAGCCUUCUCGUUUAACGAGCUGAAAAAUGCGACCAGAAAUUUCCGCCCCGACAGUCUUCUUGGGGAAGGUGGUUUCGGCUAUGUUUUCAAGGGAUGGAUCGAUGAGCACACAUUAACAGCUGCAAAGCCUGGUUCGGGCAUGGUUGUUGCUGUUAAGAAGCUUAAGCCUGAAGGUUACCAAGGCCACAAGGAGUGGUUGACAGAAGUAAAUUAUCUCGGCCAGCUUCAUCAUCCAAAUCUGGUUAAACUUAUAGGCUACUGCUUAGAGGGAGAGAACCGGCUUUUGGUCUAUGAGUUCAUGCCGAAGGGCAGCCUAGAGAAUCAUCUCUUUAGAAGGGGGCCACAACCGCUUUCAUGGGCAGUGAGGAUGAAAGUGGCCAUUGGUGCUGCCAGAGGGCUUAGUUUUCUUCACGAGGCCAAACAACAAGUCAUAUAUCGAGAUUUUAAAGCUUCAAAUAUUUUAUUAGACGCGGACUUCAAUGCAAAGCUUUCCGACUUUGGUUUGGCAAAGGCAGGUCCCACGGGUGACAAGACUCACGUGUCAACUCAGGUCAUGGGUACUCAUGGGUAUGCAGCUCCCGAGUAUGUUGCCACAGGUCGUCUAACCGCCAAAAGCGACGUGUAUAGUUUCGGGGUUGUACUACUGGAACUAUUGUCAGGACGACGUGCCGUGGACAAAACAAAAGUUGGUAUUGAGCAGAAUUUAGUAGACUGGGCAAAGCCAUAUUUGGGUGACAAAAGAAAGUUGUUUCGGAUCAUGGACACCAAGUUGGAGGGGCAAUAUCCUCAGAAAGGAGCUUUCACAGCUGCCACUCUCGCUAUGCAGUGCCUAAACAAUGAAGCUAAAACCAGGCCAAAAAUGGCGGACGUAUUAGCAGCAUUAGAACAGCUCGAGUCCCCCAGAAGUGCAACUCAUCCCCAACUAGAGCAGCAGACAGCUUCACUUACUCCUCGGCGGUCCCCAAUGCGGCAACACCGCACUUUGAAUCCCCCACCAGGUGCAUCCCCGUUGCGACCCAAUCGGCAGUCUCAAAGAGUGCAUUGAAUUGAGCAUUCAAUCUGUAAAUUCUCAUUUGCUUCCAUAUUGUUUACAUAAAAUGGAGUGUGGGCAAGCAUCUCGACAAAAUUUUGAAUUUUGCUUGAACAGGUUAUUUAGCCAUCCAUUUUCAUGGAGCUUUGUAGCUCUCGGAUAGUGGUUAUCUGCUUGUUUAAUGUACCUGUGUGAAUAGUUAAGCUAAAUUUUGUAUUCUGUUUUUACUUU